AUGUGGAGACCUGGAGCUUGGAACUCGGGUGCGAACGCUCCUGCGCGAUCUUCGUCUCCAGCACCGCUAUAUCCAAAUAACAACUCCCCAAGUCCUCUACCUGGCCGUAGACCUGGAAGCCGACCGCAGCUUGCUCACCGGACAUCAUCAUUAAGCCUUUCAUCGUCGGCCAAUGCAUCUACCACGAGUCUCGCCAGCUCAGUGCGGCAACAGCAACAGACAUUCGGCCUGAGGCGCGCGGCGACAGCUCCUAUACCAUCAGGUAUCCGGGAUCCGUUGGACGUCUUAGAGGGGAUACUCGGCGUACAAGUGAAGUCCGGUCUCGAAGUUGACGCUGGUGAGGAUGAAGCUGGUCGAGAGCCAGAUCUCGAGGAUUUAGAGGAUAUUAACUUUGGGGCACUGAGUCUGGAGGAGUUCAUUCAGAAGGAGGAACAGCGAGAGGCGGAAGCUCAGGAGCUGGCAGCGAGAGCUAGGAAACAUAGCGUGAACACGCUGGUGGAUUAUGAGCGGGAACAGGGCAAGUUUGUUGAUUUACAUCGGUCCAUAAAAGCUUGCGACGAGGUUCUUAAAUCUGUUGAAUCCUAUCUUUACGCCUUUCAGACGGACCUCGGGGUUGUCAGCGCGGAAAUCGAGACCCUCCAGAACCGCUCAACGAAUCUUAAUCGCCGUCUUGAUAAUAGGAAAAAUGUUGAGAAAGCGAUCGGUCCCGUCGUGGAAGAUAUUGCACUAUCGCCAAGGGUAAUACGAAAGAUCGUGGAGGGCGAGGUCAACGAUAGCUGGGUGAAGGCUCUGAAAGAAGCAGAUCGUAAGAUGAAAGCUAUCGAGGUCCUGGAUGCCACCAAGGUCAAAGCAGCACAAGAUGUCAAGCCGGAACUAGAAAGACUCACCCAUAAAGCGAUCGAAAGGGUACGGGAUUUCUUCGUGGCCAAAAUCAAAGCCAUUAGAGUUCCUGGUGCAAACGCCCAAAUCAUUCAACAGCAAGGGUUCAUUCGGUACAAGGAACUCUUUCUUUUCAUGGCAACCCACCAUGCGCAACUUGCAGAAGAAAUUGGGCAAGCUUAUAUCAACACAAUGCGGUGGUACUACCUCAGUCACUUCCAACGCUAUAAUGCAGCACUCCAGAAACUCAAACUUCACACAAUGGACAAGCACGAUACAGUUGGUCAAGACGAGCCGGCACGAAGAAACAACCUUCUCCCAUCUCUCAAAUCGGUCCCAGCGGCUUCAUAUGACCCUUUCAAUAUUGGUCGCCGGAUCGAUACCCUCAAAAACCGAACUGCACCAAUCAUGACCUCUCAUCAGGCCGAGGAGGACAGAACGACCCACUAUCCGGAAGUUUACUUUCGCCACUUCAAUGCUGCCCUCGUCGAGAAUGCAUGCGCGGAAUAUCUGUUCAUUACAGACUUUUUCUCUCAUAAAACCUAUGAUCAAGCAUCGGCAAUGUUCUCUGCCAUAUUUUCGCCUACUUUCGCACUUGCACAAACGGUCACCAAACACCUCAUUGACGCCACACUUGAUUGCCACGGCGUUUUACUAUGCGUAAGACUAAACCAAUAUUCCGCCUUCGAAAUGCAAAAGCGCCGGGUUCCCGCAGCGGAUGCAUACAUCAAUGCGACCAGCAUGCUCCUCUGGCCUCGGUUCCAGAUUGUUAUGGAUGCCCAUUGCGAGUCACUCCGCAAAUCCUCUCUUGUUGGUAGUGGCAGCGGGAGGAGCCAACUCAGCGCCCUUGGUUUAGCAGCAACAAAUACAGCUAAACAAAGUGCUGCACCACACUUCCUCACGCAGAGGUUCGCAUGUUUUGUUCAGGGAAUCCUAGCCCUGAGUAGCGAGGCCGGCGAUGAUGAACCUGUUGCGAAUAGUCUGGGACGUCUAAGGGGAGACUUUGAAGCGUUUUUGACAAAGCUCAGUGCUGGUAUUGGGGAGAAAGGAAAGAGGGAGCGAUUUUUGUUCAAUAAUUAUUCAUUGGUUCUGACAAUUAUAUCAGAUACGGAGGGUAAACUAGCGGCUGAACAGAAAGCACAUUUUGAUGCACUCAAAAAGGCAUAUGAAGCAUAG